AUGGGGUUUGGACAAGGAGGAGAAGAAGUUUUUUGGGAGGUUUUGGAUGAGGUGGUGAGGGGCAUCCCGAGCACUGAGAAGCUUUUUCUAGGAGAAGAUUUCAAUAGGCAUAUUGGGUCUUUGUCGAGAGGUUACGAUGAUGUGCAUGGCGGGUUCAGUUUUGGGGAGAGGAAUAAAGGUGGAGCUUCUCUUUUGGAUUUUGCUAGGGCUAUUAGGUUGUGGAUAGCAAAUGCGAGCUUCUCGGACAAGGAGGAGAACCUUAUUACUUUUCAUAGUUCAGUGGCCAAGACUCUGAUUGACUUUCUGCUGAUGAGGAAGGGUGAUAGAGCGCUAUGUAAAGACUGGAAAGUCAUACCUAGCGAGAAUCUUUCAACCCAACAUAGGCAGUUGAUGAUGGAAUUGGUAAUCAAAAAGGGCAGAAAGAAGAGGAAUGCGGAGGUUUGUCCCAGGAUCAAGUGGGGUAGCUUGACUUUGGCUAGUGCUUUGGAGUUGGGGGAAAAGUUUAAGAGUACGGGGGAUUGGUAA